AUGUUUGGCAUCUUCGACUACGACAGCGAACUACUUUUCAAUCCUGAAGGAAGAAUAAAGCAGUUGGAAUUCAUAAAAAAGACAACAGAGCUGGGAAAUACAACUGUUGCGCUGUGCAACUCCAGAGUUGGAGUUUUGAUUGCGCAUGUUCCUAAAAGAACAAAGCUUGCUGAGCCCCAGCAGAAAGUGUUUGAAAUAAACAACAAGACUCUUUUUACAUUUUCAGGAAUAACGAACGAUGGGCUGUCUAUUGUUCGAUACUUGAAGAACCAAAGUGUAUUCGAGAAUGUCAUAAAGGAUAGGGAUCUCCAUCAUCUUUACUGCUUUGAUUCGCUCUGCUUUGAUGCGGCACUCCGAACCAUUUACAGCUCAGACCGACUGUACGGUGUUGCUGGAAUAUUGAUGACAGACUUCAAUGGAAUUAAGGUUGUGGAGUUUGAGCCAGUUGGCUACGUGCGCGAGGUAAUUGGUGCUUCUAUUGGAAACAAGUCACAGUCGUGUAGAACUAUCUUGGAAGACGAGGCAGAUGCCAUAAAGAAUGGACAGGAAAAAGACCUGAUAAGCUUGGGAUUGAGGGCAUUGAAAAAUGCAUAUCCGGAUCCUGACGAACAGGCCCUGAAGCAGGAGGAUAUUUACAUAUACGUGAUGGAAGAAAAUAAAGGAAUCAGGAUAGUUGAUUCUGGGUUUGUUGAAUUUGAGUAA